AUGGUCGUCAAGGAGGUUGAAAGUACCAAUUUGACAGACCCUGACUUGCUUGAAAAAAUUGAUCAACUAUUUGCUUGCAAUAUCGGAGAAUACAUCGACCUUCCACAGCUUGUGGUAGUGGGCGACCAGUCAAGCGGGAAGAGCUCUGUCCUGGAAGGCUUGACUAAGUUGAGCUUCCCCCGUGACAGCGGCCUCUGCACUCGCUUCGCUACACAGAUCAUCUUCCAGCGAAAAGUCAAUUUCGUUGGUCGAGAGAUCUCGGCUUCCAUAAUCCCAGCACCUGGUCUGGACGCCGACGAGGAACAGAAACUCAGGGAUUGGCAUGCUACUGGUGUGCAGGCUCUCAGCGUAGAAGGGUUUGCUCAGAUGAUGAGAGAGGUCAAUAAGCUUUUGAAUCUCUGUGAUUUGCAAAUUAUUGGAACCUUUGGAAAGCCGACAUUUUCCAACAGCGUUCUCCGGCUUGAGAUUUGUGGCCCUCAGGAGGAUCAUCUCAGUGUGAUUGAUGUCCCAGGGAUAUUCAAAACCACUGUCCCUGGAGUCACCACAAAGGAUGAUAUAGUGCUCGUCCGAGACAUGGUUUAUAAUUAUAUGAAGAACCCACGCUCUGUCAUGUUGACUGUUGUUCCAGCAAAUGUGGACAUUGCGACGCAGGAAAUUAUCGAGAUAGCCCGCGAAAUCGAUCCAAAAGGCGAAAGAACUCUGCCUAUUAUGACCAAGAUUGAUCUCGUCGAUCAAGGUACCCAAAACCGAGUAAUAGAUAUGAUCGAGGACCAAAAUACGAGUGACCAGCUUGGGUGGGUUGUUGUUCGGAACCUGGGACAACAGGAGCUUGAGGAUGGGAAUGUCGACCGAGACCUUUUGGAAGAAAAGUGGCAUCAGACCUCUCCCUGGAACCGCGUGCGAGCUGAGAAUUUUGGCAUCAAUGCUUUGAAAAAACGUCUCCAAGAAGUCCUCACGUCACACGUACGCCGCACAUUUCCAUCGGUACGUUCGGAAGCUACUAAAAAGCUCAACGAGGCACGAAAAGCACUCCAAUCGCUUGGAACUGAGCGACAGACCCCAGAACAGCAGCGCAUGGCUCUUCUGGGCAUUGUUUCAUCUUUUCAAAACAUCACACAGCUGGCAAUUGCCGCAAACUACAGUUUAGAUGACAUCUUUGAUACACAUCAGGAUGUUCGUUUGGCAACCCUGGUCUCCAGCAGAAAUGUGGAUUUUUCGGACGACGUGUUCACAUGGGGCCACGAAUUCGCAUUCACCGAUACAUUCCAGACGGACAAGGUACCAGAGCCAGAAGUGUCAGAAGGGUCAGAAGGGUCAGAAGAGUCGGCAGAUCCACCCUUGGAAUCCACUGAGGUAAUCCAGCCAGCCAAACAGCAUGGAGUCGAUUUCAUUCCAAGCCGCAGGAUUCAGGAGGAUGUAGAAGUGCAGGAAAUCUUGCACGAUGCUGUCAAACUCCCUCCAGCUCAAAAUGGCAUUUCCAUCUGGAUGGACACAGUCUAUCGUGAAUCUCGUGGCUUCGAAAUCGGCACCUUCAAUCAUACCUUGCUGUCGGCAUUGAUGAAAAAACAAUCCGCGAAAUGGUCCACCCUGGCGCAAGGAUACAUCAGCGAUGUGAUCGCCAUGGUCCAUCGAUUUAUAAAAAAAGUACUCCUCACUGCCUGCGGUGAUAUCAGGAUCUCGACCAAUAUCCUCACUCGCCUGUGGGAUGAACUAACCGGCAAAUAUAGACAGGCUAUUGCACAUGUUGAAUUUUUGUUGAAAAUAGAACGUGCAGGGACACCGAUGACUUUGAACCAUUACUUGAACGAUAAUCUCCAAAAGUGCCGACAAAAAAGGUUCAAAGAAGCGCUGGCCGGGAAGACUCUGGAAAACUGUUCACAUGGAGAAGUCAUUCGAGUCAGCGAUCUCUCAUACCGUGACAACAUGAGUAAUGCCGAGCAUACUGUCCAAGACCUUCAUGACAUUCUACAGGCGUACUACAAAGUGGCCCGUAAAAGAUUUGUCGACAAUGUUUGCAUGCAAGGAGCCGACCAUUUUCUCGUGACCGGUCCCGAAGCUCCCAUGAAACUGUUCUCGCCAUCGUGGGUCAAUAGUCUCUCGGACAAGUUCCUGGAAGAAAUUGCCGGGGAGGAAGGCAACACAAAGCGGAGACGGCUACAGCUGCAAAAGGAAAUAGCAGACCUGGAGGCUGGUAGGAAGAUCCUCUUGGGUUAA